UGACGUGUGAGCUGGCGGUCAUGCCCUGGCUCCUCUCAAGUCUCAAGCUGCUUCCCGCCAUCCCAAGCGCACGCGGUUUCUCAGGAUGUCUGUGGUGUUCACAGCGAAGGUACUCCCUCCAGCCCAUGCCCAAGAGGAGGGUGCCCUGCCGGUACUUGGGCCAGCCCAGCCCCUUCACACACCCUCAUCUCCUCAGACCAGACUGGAAUUCCUGUUGGGAAGUCGGCUAAGACUCAGAAAAUUCAGCUCACCACUGAAACACACAAGAAAUCAGAGUUUUUCAAAGCUGCAAGGGGAGGUGACACCAGGACUAUCUCAGGUGGAAUAUGCACUUCGCAGACACAAACUAAUGUCUCUGAUCCACAAAGAAGCCGACAGGCAGAGCGGGACAGACCAGACAGUGGUUGUGUGCUCCAACCCUACAUACUACAUGAGCAACGAUAUCCCCUACCCUUUCCACCAAGACAACAAUUUCCUGUACCUGUGUGGAUUCCAAGAACCUGAUAGCGUUCUGGUCCUUCAGAGCCUCCCUGGCAAGCAGUUACCAUCACACAAGGCCAUACUUUUUGUGCCUCGAAGAGACCCCAGUCGGGAGCUUUGGGAUGGUCCCCGAUCUGGCACGGAUGGAGCAGUGGCUCUAACUGGAGUGGAUGAAGCCUAUCCCCUGGAAGAAUUCCAGCAUCUGCUACCCAAAAUGAGAGCUGAGACGAGCACAAUUUGGUAUGACUGGGCGAAGCCUUCGCACACACAGCUUCACUCUGACUAUAUGCAGCACCUGACUGAGGCCAAGGCCAGGAGUAAGAACAGGGUUCAAGGGGUCCAGCACCUGAUACAGCGCCUGCGGCUCAUCAAGUCUCCUGCAGAAAUUGAGAGAAUGGAGAUUGCUGGCAAGCUGACUUCACAGGCUUUCACAGAAACAAUGUUUGCCAGUAAAGCUCCUGUGGAGGAAGCCUUCCUCUAUGCCAAGUUUGAGUUUGAAUGUCGGGCGCGCGGGGCAGACAUCCUGGCCUACCCACCUGUGGUUGCUGGCGGGAACCGGGCGAACACUUUGCACUACGUGAAAAAUAAUCAGCUCAUCAAGGAUGGUGAAAUGGUGCUCCUGGAUGGAGGCUGUGAGUCUUCCUGCUACGUGAGCGAUGUCACGCGGACCUGGCCUGUCAGUGGCAGGUUCACUGCACCUCAGGCAGAACUCUACGAAGCUGUCCUGGAGGUCCAGAGAGCUUGCCUGGCCCUCUGCUCGCCGGGAACAAGCCUGGAGAACAUCUACAGCGUGAUGCUGACGAUGAUUGGGCAGAAGCUCCGAGAGCUGGGGAUCGUGAGGAGCAGCGAGGAGAGCAGCGCCUUCAAGGCUGCUCGGCAAUACUGCCCUCACCACGUGGGCCAUUACCUUGGCAUGGACGUCCAUGACACCCCAGACAUGUCCCGCUCCCUCCCACUGCAGCCCGGGAUGGUGAUCACCAUUGAGCCAGGCAUUUAUGUCCCGGAGGAUGACAGAGAUGCUCCAGAGAAAUUUCGAGGUCUUGGUGUGCGAAUUGAGGAUGACGUAGUGGUGACCCAGCACUCGCCUCUCAUCCUCUCUGCAGAUUGUCCUAAAGAUCUGAAGGACAUCGAACAGAUCUGCAGCAGGGCAUCCUGAUCCCUCCGCCUCCCUGCCUCUUCCACUUGCCUGACCACGCUGCAGAUGUGCAGAAUCAUGUGUGGGUGCUUUGUUAAGUGGAUGGACAUCUGGAAAAGUGAAUGUUUGGAGAUUUUGUUACUACAGCUUUAGUAACGAAUUCUGUAGUUCAUUUUUUAAACAGAAAAUCAGGUCUUAUUCUAUAUAUGGCCAUUCAUUCCAGUGAGCACACUUACACAGAAAGCGCCCUUCUCUUUUUGGCCCUUCCUUCCCUGCAUUUGCACUGAGAUCCAGCUAGUAUCACAUAGGUUUUUGUGUGAUGCCUGCAUUCUGUCUGAGCUCAUGGGUCUAAGCUGAGGGCCACCCAUCAGUGACCUACAAUACCAAGCCUACCUUCCCUGGGUCCCGCCUUCCAGCACCCCCAGGAGCCCUCGGGGUCUCUUUGUGUUCAGUCAGUUCUGAUUCCAGCAGCAACAGAUAUUGAACAAGAUAAUUUUGAGCCUUUCUUGCUGCUUGGUUACUGGGACUUGGAGAAUAAUUAGUUUCUUCAUAAAGAAGACAGUGGAAGCGAAAGCAAACUAUGUAUGUGUCCACCUCGGAUCUAGACCUCCAGCUGUCUGUUCUCUUCAGUUUAAAGAUGAUUCCUUUCUUUCCCAGACAAAUAUGCUUGCUUCAUAGGUUCAGGGUUUUGUGGAGCUGGAGGUCUGACCUUGUUGCCUCUGCUGGUCUCAAACUCGUGGACUCAAGUGAUCAUCCCACCUCAGCCUCCCACAGUAGCUGGGGUGACCAGCGCACGACGUGGCACCUGGCUCUUCCAUAGGUUCUUAAUGCAUCGACCCUCAGAGCUCACCUUCGAAGCUACUACACUAGUCAAAGGCAGCGACCCUAAUAGCCAGCAUACCCUGGGUGUAGUGGCACAGCCUGUAAUCCCAGCACUAAGAAAGCUGAGACAG